GGACGAGUGAAAAGUUGAGAGAUUUUAUGUUUUUUUCGAAGUGAUAAGUGUCUUCCUUGGCUUUGAGGUUAGAAACCACUCCCUGGGUGAUUUCGUGGGACUUUCGCGAAAGUGCAAUUUUUCCCUGAGAAAAUGUGGAAAGCCGCCGCCGGACGAGACACCAAGGCGUUCAACGAUGAGGCCGGAGGUGAUGAUGACUGGGAGACGGAUCCGGAUUACGUGAAUGAGAUAUCGGAGGAGGAGCAGCGAUGGGGCUCAAAGGGAGGCCGGACAGCCGGUGCAAUUGACAUGGAAAAGCUGCGAUUGGAGACUGAACAGGCGGAUGCGGAUCGCAAGAAGAAGAUACUUGAUGAGUCAAAUCCAGGCUACGGUUAUGGGGGCAAGUUUGGCCUGGAGACGGAUCGCAUGGACAAAUCCGCCAUGGGGCACGACUACGUGGGCAAGGUGGAGAAGCACGCGUCCCAGAAGGACUACAGCGAGGGCUUCGGUGGGAAGUUCGGCGUGCAGAGCGACAGGGUGGACAAGAGCGCCGUGAACUGGGACUACAAGGAAAAGGUGGAGAAGCACGCCUCACAGAAGGACUACGCUGCUGGAUUCGGCGGGAAGUUUGGCGUGCAGAGCGACAGGGUGGACAAGAGUGCCGUGGGCUGGGAUCAUGUGGAGAAAGUGGAGAAGCACGAAUCCCAAAAGGACUACAGUCGCGGCUUCGGUGGCAAAUUCGGGGUGCAGGAUGAUCGGCAGGACAAGUCGGCGCUCGGGUGGGAUCACGUGGAGAAGCCGCAGAAACACGAGAGCCAGCUGGAUCACAAGAAGGGCUUCGGUGGGCAGUUUGGCGUGCAGCAGGACAGGAUGGAUAAGUCCGCUGUGGGCUUCGGGGAGAGCGACAAAGUGGGCACAAACUACACAAAGGUGAAGCCGGACAUUGGCGGCGCGAAACCGUCGAGCUUGCGGGCGAAGUUUGAGAACCUGGCCAAGCAGACGGAGGAGGAGGCUGCUGAGAAGGCGGCGGAGCAGAAGAAGCUGCGCGAGGAGAAGGAUAAGCGCGACAGAGAGGAGGCAGCGAAGAGGCAGGUGUUUGAGAGCGAGGGCGCCGCUCAGGACGAUCAGAAGCCUCAGAGAAAGUCUGCAAUCAUGACGGGAAGGGCUGAAGGCGUGGGCAGUGCCAUCAGCGCCUUCAAUGCGGCUCCACCACAGGAGACUCCGCAGGAGCGAAAGCAGCCCAUUUCCAUUCCAAGAGCGGCUCCGGAAGAGGAGAAACCUGAGAUUCACGAAGAGGUGCAGGCUGAGCCUCGCGUGGCGUCUGUACAGCCUGAUAUCAUACCUGAGAACGACAGGAUCGAUCCGCCGGCGAGCUUCGCCAGUGAUCCAGUGCAGGAGGAGGCGCCCCAAGUGGUCACGAGCAGCCAGGAAGUCCCCGAGGAGACGAUUUAUCAGAACCUGGCUGAUUACAUCGAGGACACUGGCGUGAAGGCUGUAGCUCUCUAUGACUAUCAAGCAGCGGCCGAGGACGAGAUUUCCUUCGAUCCCGAGGACCUCAUAACACACAUCGAGAUGAUCGACGAGGGAUGGUGGAGAGGUCUGUGCAAGAACCGAUACGGCCUCUUCCCGGCCAAUUAUGUGCAAUUGCAGCAAUAAUGAGCCCAUCGGAGGACACUCCUGACCGCCAAAUUCGAACAAAAGAGUGAUUUUCUUGUUAUCACAAUGAAUUUUAGUGGGAUUUUGGGUGGGAAAGCCCACAUUUAAGCAUUUUUACUUUCCAGUUUUAUCGCAUUAGACUCGAAAAUGAACAUUUUCGACGGUCGCGUAUGACUUUUUAUGUAUUAUUUUAAUGUAUUUCACAAAAUAGAUUGUCUUUUAUUUGAGGGCAUGUGACUCUUUGAGUCCAGUGAGCAAUUGUACUUCUUUUUAUGUGGAAAAAAAAAUCACUGAGAAUUAAUAAAAAAAAACUAUUGAGAUAACGUUUAACUGAAGAAUGAGAGUUAUUUAUCUC